AUGGAGGAAGCCAAAGUUGUGGAGUCCAAGGACGGAGCUACCUCAGUUGCUUCUGCAUUUCCUGGUCAUCCGGAAGCCGCACAAGACAGAGAUCACAAGUUCUUAUCGAUAGCGGUAGAAGAAGCCUACCGAGCAGUCGACCGUGGCCAUGGACGCCCAUUUGGCGCAGUCGUGGUCCGCAACGACCAAGUAGUAGUCAGUUGCCAUAACAUGGUUUUGAAGAACACCGAUCCAACUGCACAUGCUCAAGUAACUGCAAUAAGAGAGGCUUGCAAAAAGCUUGGAAAGAUCGACUUGUCGGAUUGCGAAAUGUAUGCAUCCUGCGAACCUUGUCCAAUGUGUUUUAGCGCCGUUCAUCUAUCCCGGAUCAAGAGGCUGGUGUAUGGAGCCAAGGCAGAAGCUGCUGUUGCCAUUGGAUUUGAUGCCUUCAUUGCUGAUGCUCUCAGAGGAACUGGGCACUACCGUACGGCCAACCUGGAGAUAAAGCGAGCAGAUGGGAAUGGAGCGCUGCUUGCUGAACAGGUCUUUGAGAACACCAAGGGGAAAUUUCCAUUGAAAUAA